AUGGACAGCGUUGAAGAAGGACAAAUUCCCAAGGAGUUUAUCGAAUAUGAUUUUGCUGAAGAUGCCUUGGACUUUGAGUUAGCAUGCGGUGACGCCAACUUGCGUUGUGUGGAGCUCAAAGCGAACGAUGACCGACCAUAUUUCAUUCGAUUCGUGAUGGUUUGUUGCAGUAGAUGUGGUUGUAGCGCUUUUUGUCGGAGGUUAUUUUGUCGUUCUGACGCCUCUGAUGCUAUUGACGAGGAUAUCCCAGUCUCGCCGAUCCAAUUGGCUGAAGCGCGCGAUGUGAAGUUUACACAAACGCUGGUCGAACCUUUAUCAAUAGGAUCUCACAUUGUCUGCAGCGGAACGCCUUCCGAAGACUUGCCAUGGUUUGCAAUCAAUAUUGGCUGUGGAGAUCCGGAUGCAGGCCGUGGUGAUAUAGCUGUACAUUUCAACGUUCGUCUUCCCCAAUGUUAUGUGGUGCGGAACACGAGGCGACACGAAAAAUGGGGACCUGAAGAAACCACUGCUUACAGUAAAUUUCCAUUCAAAAUAGACACGUUGUUCACCCUUGAGGUCUUGGUGGAUGAAAAGGAAACGCUGUGGGCAGUGAAUGGUGAACAUUACUGCAGCUUCACACACAGAAAUCCCAGUCCCCUGGUGGCGAACUGGGUUCAAAUAACUGGUAUAAGAGACGCGACAUUAAACGUAGUAAAGACUGACUUGUACCCAACGUUGGCACCAUCUUUUUUGGAGGUACCAGAACGAGACUGCUUUUGUGGACCGCAAAAGUACGAGGAACCCAGUUGGCACUCCAACAUUAUAGCUAGAUUACCAAAUGGAAUACCUGAAGGACAUCAACUUGUGAUAAGUGGAAGACUACGACCAAUGCUGCAUUCGUUCGUCGUGGAUCUGAUGGACUACGCAAGAGAGUGGCCGCGUCCAAAUAUCCUGCUUCACGUAAACCUUCGCGCACACGUCGACUCUCAUCUUGAUAGACAAUUGGUGGUACUCAACUCUUGGUUAGGCGACUGGGGCCCUGAGCGUAGACAGAGAACUGCUCGACUUGUACCAGCUAAUAAGUGCACAUUGCGUAUAGUAAGAAGUCCGUCCGAGUGGUCCGUAUAUGCAGAUGAGCUUUUAAUCGGCGAGCUAGAGUAUAGAGCUUCCGCAGCCGGUGUUAAAGCAAUGAGACUAAGAGGCGAUUUUUACUCAGAGGAAAUAUAUCUAUCGCCGUCAACGAAUUCUCCUGUCAACGAAAAAAUAUAA